AUGAAGAAAGCAAUGGCUACACGCCCAAAACUUGCUGCUGCUCCCCGUCGUCCAGCUACUGGCACCGUGUCAGCAUUUUCGCAAGCGACUCAAUCGGUUGUGCGUGCGCCUUCAACACCGCCACUAUCGGGUUCCGGAUCUCCGCGCGUAUACCACGAAUUGCAGCCAUUGACGUUCUACCUCGCGCUUGGGCAAAGCGAAAAUGAGCUGCAGAAAAAGUUGGAUGAGUUGCUAGCCGAUUUUGAUCUAUACAAGGCCGAAAUACUGAAAGAAAUGCAGCUUGCCCUGUGA